AAAUGUUUAUUGAUUGAGUCUUAAAUGUAAAGAAAAUUAUCAAGGGUUGAGAAGACUUUGGAAACAUUAAUAAUCAUUAUUUGGAUCUGGUCAAACAACCAAAUAUGAAUUUACUUAAAUACACUGGAUCAUGAGAGACUAUGACAAAUAUCUUAAUGAAAUUCACUUACACCAUGUAUUAUGAAAUUAAUCUGCAGUUGAAAAUAAAACUUUUUCCAGAAAUCUUUUAACUUGUAGAAGGAAAACACAAUUCAGCUAACAUGAUAACAAAGUAUUUGAAAUAUGUAGGUCUUGGGAAAAGAAUCAAGUAAAAGGGCACAUAAUGUAAAAUUAGACAGUUACCAACCUAUGGGGGCGGGGGGAGGGGAGAUAUCUAAUAGUUUAACUCAUUCCCCCUUUACCAAAUGUAACAAUAUUUAUAAGCUAAUUCAAUGGAUCAGGAUAAGAGAAAAUUAAGUAGCAAAAAAAUGGUGCGGUUCAAGACUAAUGACGGGAGUUGACAAUUAUAAAUCUUAACUAAUGACUUUGGGAAAAUCAACGAGAAUUUAUUAAGUGCCUAUUAGGUGCUUUUCAAUAUUACGCAUAUCGAUUGAUGUGAUUAAGGGUAAGGGAUACAAAGAAAGGCACCACUACCACCACCCACCACCCGCCCCAGCCCAAAAAAAACGCCUUUCAACAAUAAACACAUUCAAACAAAAAACUAAGCUUCUGAAAAGCAGUAAGGAGCUAGUUGGAAAAGCAAAGGGAGAUAAGUUACUGUUUUACUUGGUGAGAAAAGGUGUAACCAAGGACUGAUGUUGCAAUCAAUGGAAAGAAAUAAAACUCAAGCUCUGACACUUAAAGCAGCGGUUACAAAGUCCCUUUAAGUUACAGUGGCUAUGCAGUAACUACGCAGCGCGAAAAGGGAACCCCAUGAAGAACCAGGCUCCACCUCCAGCAAAGAAACAAGACGCCCCACCUCGAUCCCCACAUACCCCCCCGCCCCGAUCCCCAAACCAGGCCCACAUGAAACAAGUGCAAACCCCAAACUAGGUCUUCUAAACAGGCUGUUGCCCAAGUUGGGGAUGGGAGGAAGGGCGGCGAGUUGCCCAACAUCGAGGUUUCCGGGCCACCAAUACUAGGAGCCAACCCGGCCCCUCAGACUACCGGCGCUCGCGACUUCUCGGAGAGCGUAGGAAGCACGAGCCCGGGGCGCCGGCGCAGCUCCUCGGAGCUCCCCUCUGGCCCUUCAGCGGACGGCGGCCGCACAGACGUGGCCGCGCAGCUUCCGCGUCCAGGUCACAGGCGCCGCACGAGCUUCCGUCUCUUAGAAUCCCCGUCGAGACCGAGACCGAGGCCGCGUAAGUGGCGGGGGCAGAAGAGGUCGCUAGUCUAAGCGGCCCCAAUCUAGGCGCACGGAGAAUCGCCACCGACCCCGCCCCCCUCCCCACCGCGCGCAUACUCCGGGGUCCCGACGUGCGCGAGUCCGCUCACUACCCGGAGAGGGGAGGGGGCGGAUAGGACUCGACGUCGCGCGGGAGGAGGCGACGCGGUGAUCGAGGCGGAGCCGGAGGAGGAGUAACAGGAGGAGCAAGAGGAGGAGGUGGAGGAGGAGUGAGAGGAGGAGGAGGUGGUUUCUCUUGGCGUCAUGGCGGCUGCCGGGAGGCGAUAAGCGGCGGGAGCGGGAGCGCGCGCGCUCGCGGACGGCUCGUUACUUCUCUCUCCUCUCCUCUCUCUCUGUUUGUGUUUCAAUAAUGAAUUGAUUGUUGUAGCCACAACUGAGAAUCGCCAGUUCGUGCCACGGGCCAGCGUUUCCCCUCCCCACCUCGCCCUCCUCCCCCUUUUCCCUCCCUUUCCGUACACACGCGCGCACACACAUAGACACACAUACUCACGCUCACACACAUACGCUCACACACACAGACACGCGCGCACGCGCGCGCACAUACACACAGACACUACCCGGACGACCGGGACUUGAGUCUCUUCACAGCGGCCGCAGCGCGGCCCGGGCUCCGGGAGGAGAUCAGCAGAGUCCCUCCGCCGGCCGGGGACACCCUUUCCACAGGUAAUUUGAAAAGGAUCCGAAAUAACUUGUGACCAUUUGGAAAGAAGCAAAGAGCCGUCUGAAGUAAAUAAUCUAGCUUGUAAACCGGGAGGAUUUAUAUUUUAUUUUAAACUUCUGAAUAUUUACAAUGAAUGGACACAGCGAUGAAGAAAGUGUUAGAAACAGUAGUGGAGAAUCAAGCCAGUCGGAUGAUGAUUCUGGGUCAGCCUCUGGUUCUGGUUCUGGAUCAAGCUCUGGAAGCAGUAGUGAUGGGAGCAGCAGUCAGUCAGGCAGCAGUGAUUCUGAUUCCGGCUCUGACUCAGGCAGUCACUCUGAUUCUGAGUCAGAUACUUCUAGAGAAAAGAAAGUUCAAUCAAAACCACCAAAAGUUGAUAGCUCUGAGUUUUGGAAAUCAAAUCCUAGUAUUCUGGCUGUCCAAAGAUCUGCAAUGCUUAGAAAGCAACAGCAGCAGCAGCAACAACAACAAACUUCCUCCAAUAGUGGAUCAGAAGAGGAUUCCUCUAGCAGUGAAGAUUCUGAAGAUGAGUCAUCUAGUGAGGUCAAGAGGAAAAAACAUAAAGAUGAAGAUUGGCAGAUGUCAGGGUCAGGAUCUCCCUCCCAGACGGGUUCAGAUUCUGAAUCAGAAGAAGAAAGAGAAAAAAGCAGUUGUGAUGAAAGUGAAUCUGACUAUGAGCCAAAAAAUAAAGUCAAAAGCAGGAAACCUCAAAUCAGAACUAAAGCAAAAAAUGGGAAGAAGAUCUCUGGCCAGAAGAAGAGACAGAUUGAUUCCUCUGAAGAUGAUGAUGAUGAUGAUGAUUAUGAUAAAAGAGGUUCUCGUCGCCAGGCUACUGUCAAUGUUAGUUAUAAGGAAGAUGAAGAAAUGAAAACUGAUUCAGAUGAUUUAUUGGAGGUUUGUGGAGAGGAUGUUCCUCAACCUGAAGAAGAUGAAUUUGAGACAAUAGAAAGGUUUAUGGACAGUAGAAUUGGAAGAAAAGGAGCAACUGGUGCUACUACAACCAUCUAUGCAGUUGAAGCAGAUGGUGAUCCUAAUGCUGGAUAUGAAAAAUCUAAGGAACCAGGAGAGAUCCAGUAUUUAAUUAAGUGGAAAGGAUGGUCUCAUAUCCAUAAUACUUGGGAGACUGAAGAAACCUUAAAACAGCAGAAUGUGAAAGGAAUGAAAAAAUUAGACAAUUACAAGAAAAAAGAUCAGGAAACCAAACGAUGGUUGAAAAAUGCUUCGCCAGAAGAUGUGGAGUAUUAUAAUUGUCAGCAAGAACUUACAGAUGAUCUACAUAAGCAGUAUCAAAUAGUAGAGAGAAUAAUUGCUCAUUCCAAUCAAAAGUCAGCAGCUGGAUAUCCUGAUUAUUAUUGCAAAUGGCAGGGUCUCCCAUAUUCAGAGUGUAGCUGGGAAGAUGGAGCCCUUAUUUCCAAAAAGUUCCAGUUACGCAUAGAUGAAUAUUUCAGCAGGAAUCAAUCCAAAACCACUCCCUUUAAAGAUUGCAAAGUAUUAAAACAAAGGCCAAGAUUUGUUGCACUGAAGAAGCAACCAUCCUAUAUUGGGGGACCAGAAGGUUUAGAAUUAAGAGAUUAUCAGUUGAAUGGUCUAAAUUGGCUUGCUCAUUCUUGGUGCAAAGGAAAUAGCUGUAUACUUGCUGAUGAAAUGGGCCUUGGAAAAACAAUACAGACGAUCUCAUUUCUUAACUAUCUUUUCCACGAACAUCAAUUAUAUGGGCCUUUCUUGUUAGUAGUACCACUUUCUACACUUACUUCCUGGCAAAGAGAGAUUCAGACAUGGGCUCCCCAGAUGAAUGCUGUGGUCUAUUUAGGGGAUAUUAACAGCAGAAAUAUGAUAAGAACACAUGAAUGGAUGCAUCUUCAGACCAAACGGUUAAAAUUUAAUAUUCUUUUGACAACUUAUGAAAUUUUAUUGAAAGAUAAGGCAUUCCUUGGUGGCCUGAAUUGGGCAUUCAUAGGUGUAGAUGAAGCUCAUCGAUUAAAGAAUGACGACUCACUUUUAUAUAAGACUUUAAUAGACUUUAAAUCCAAUCAUCGUCUUCUUAUUACGGGAACCCCUCUACAAAAUUCUCUCAAAGAGCUCUGGUCUUUGCUUCACUUCAUCAUGCCAGAAAAAUUUUCUUCCUGGGAAGAUUUUGAAGAAGAACAUGGCAAAGGGAGAGAAUAUGGAUAUGCGAGUCUCCACAAGGAGCUGGAGCCUUUUCUGUUACGCCGAGUUAAGAAAGAUGUAGAAAAAUCUUUGCCUGCCAAAGUUGAGCAGAUUUUAAGAAUGGAAAUGAGUGCAUUGCAGAAACAAUAUUACAAAUGGAUUUUAACCAGGAAUUACAAAGCCCUUAGCAAAGGUUCAAAGGGCAGUACCUCAGGCUUUUUGAAUAUAAUGAUGGAGCUCAAAAAGUGUUGUAACCAUUGCUACCUCAUCAAACCACCUGAUAAUAAUGAAUUCUACAAUAAACAGGAGGCCUUACAGCAUUUAAUUCGAAGUAGUGGAAAAUUAAUUCUUCUCGAUAAGCUGUUGAUUCGGCUAAAAGAACGGGGCAACAGAGUUCUAAUUUUCUCUCAAAUGGUGCGGAUGUUAGACAUACUUGCAGAAUAUUUGAAGUAUCGUCAGUUUCCUUUUCAAAGACUAGAUGGUUCAAUCAAAGGAGAAUUAAGAAAACAAGCAUUAGAUCAUUUUAAUGCUGAAGGAUCUGAGGACUUUUGUUUCUUACUUUCCACAAGGGCUGGAGGACUAGGCAUAAAUUUAGCAUCUGCUGACACUGUUGUUAUAUUUGAUUCUGACUGGAAUCCACAAAAUGAUCUUCAGGCACAAGCUAGAGCCCAUAGAAUUGGACAGAAGAAACAGGUUAAUAUUUAUCGUCUAGUUACAAAGGGAUCAGUUGAAGAAGAUAUUCUUGAAAGAGCCAAAAAAAAGAUGGUGCUUGAUCACCUAGUAAUUCAGAGAAUGGACACAACUGGGAAGACUGUACUACAUACAGGUUCUGCUCCUUCAAGUUCUACACCUUUUAAUAAGGAAGAGCUAUCGGCAAUUUUAAAAUUUGGUGCUGAAGAACUUUUUAAAGAACCUGAAGGAGAAGAACAAGAGCCUCAGGAAAUGGAUAUUGAUGAAAUCCUGAAGAGGGCUGAAACUCAUGAAAAUGAACCAGGUCCAUUAACUGUAGGAGAUGAAUUGCUUUCCCAGUUUAAGGUGGCUAACUUUUCAAAUAUGGAUGAAGAUGAUAUUGAAUUAGAACCUGAAAGAAAUUCAAGAAAUUGGGAGGAAAUCAUUCCCGAAGAUCAAAGAAGAAGGCUAGAAGAAGAAGAAAGACAAAAGGAACUUGAAGAAAUAUAUAUGCUACCAAGGAUGAGAAACUGUGCAAAACAGAUUAGCUUCAAUGGAAGUGAAGGCCGGCGCAGCAGAAGUAGAAGAUACUCUGGGUCUGAUAGUGAUUCAAUAUCUGAAAGAAAAAGGCCAAAGAAACGUGGAAGACCAAGGACUAUCCCACGAGAGAAUAUUAAAGGAUUUAGUGAUGCAGAAAUUAGGCGGUUUAUCAAGAGUUACAAGAAAUUUGGUGGUCCUCUGGAAAGAUUAGAUGCGAUUGCUCGAGAUGCUGAAUUAGUUGAUAAGUCAGAGACAGACCUGAGACGUCUAGGGGAGCUGGUGCAUAAUGGGUGUGUCAAAGCUUUAAAGGAUAAUUCCUCUGGACAGGACCGAACAGGUGGUAGACUUGGAAAAGUGAAGGGUCCAACAUUCCGAAUAUCAGGAGUACAAGUGAAUGCCAAACUAGUUAUCUCUCAUGAAGAAGAAUUAGUACCAUUGCACAAAUCAAUUCCUUCAGAUCCAGAAGAAAGGAAACAGUAUACCAUCCCAUGUCAUACAAAGGCAGCUCACUUUGAUAUAGACUGGGGCAAAGAAGAUGAUUCCAAUCUAUUAAUAGGUAUCUAUGAAUAUGGCUAUGGCAGCUGGGAAAUGAUUAAAAUGGAUCCUGACCUUAGUUUAACACACAAGAUUCUACCAGAUGAUCCUGAUAAAAAACCCCAAGCAAAGCAGUUGCAGACUCGAGCAGACUACCUCAUUAAAUUACUUAAUAAAGAUCUAGCAAAAAAAGAAGCCCAGAGACUUUCUGGUGCGGGAAAUUCGAAGAGGAGGAAAAUAAGGACUAAGAAAAAUAAAAUGGUGAAGACUGUUAAAACGAGAGAAGAAAUAAGAAGUGAUUCUUCUCCAUUACCUUCAGACAAAUCUGAUGAAGAUGAUGACAAGGAUGAGAUCACUUCUGUGAAACAUCCAAAUAGAAAAGUAAAAGCAGAAAAAGACAGUGAAGAAAAAUCUGAGCCAGAUGUUUGUGUAAAGAAGGAACAAGAAGAAAAAAGGGAAGCAAAAGAAAAGGAAAAUAAGAGAGAACUUAAAAGGGAGAGAAAAGAAAAGGAGGAUAAGAAAGAUAUAAAGGAAAAAGAUAUUAAAGAAAAAAGAGAAAGCAAAAUAAAAGAAGCUAUGCAGAAAGACAAAGACAUAAAGGAAGAAAAGCUCAGUGAAACCAAAUCUGAUAGCAAAGAAAAAUCUAAGAAAUCCACAAUUUCAGAUGCUCCAGUUCAUAUCACUGCAAGUGGGGAACCUGUUCCUAUAUCUGAGGAUUCUGAAGAGCUGGAUCAGAAGACAUUCAGUGUAUGCAAAGAAAGAAUGAGGCCUGUCAAAGCCGCCCUAAAACAACUUGAUAGACCUGAAAAGGGGCUUUCAGAAAGAGAACAGCUGGAACAUACUAGACAGUGUCUAAUCAAAAUUGGUGAUCAUAUCACUGAAUGUCUGAAAGAAUAUACAAAUCCUGAACAAAUUAAACAGUGGAGAAAGAAUUUGUGGAUUUUUGUGUCCAAGUUUACAGAAUUUGAUGCAAGGAAACUACACAAAUUAUAUAAGCAUGCAAUUAAAAAACGACAAGACUCUCAGAAAGCGGAAUUGUACUGAAGAAAACAAACCUGGUAGAAGCCUCCAACACAGACUCUUGUUUAUAUUUGAUCAACAGUCUUGAGGGCAUUGAGGAGUCAUUUCUUAGUGUGGGUAAAGGAGGGAAAGAUGCUAAGAAUGGCAAAAACAAACAGAAAACUUUUACCUCUUUUUUUUUUUAAUGGUGACAAAUUUUUCCAUCUACAUAGAUUUUUGAAUGAGAGUAACCUGCACGUGCAUCAAUGACAGGCUUUUUGAAGGUAUUAAAAGGGACUGGUAUGUUUUUUAACAUGUGAUUCUACAGUAGACCACAUUUUUGUCAUCAUGCAGAUUUUUGAAAGAUGUACAAAAUACAGGAUCCCGUUGUUGAGUAGAAAAGCAUUUGAUUUGGUAGAGCAAAUGCCACCUUAAAACUUUUCCAACAUUGUGUCUCCUACGCAUGUCAUAAUUCUAUGAAAUUCUUUGAAAGAUAAACAAAGAAGAUAACCUUGUUUGAUCUUGUUAUUACCAAUAUCAAGUGAACCAUUAAAUAGGGAGAUCUAUGCCUGUCAAAAAUGUUCUACACUAAUGGAGGGAGAUGUGUUAGUGUUUAAAUUAAAGAGGGAUUACCUAUAGAUGGUAAGGUCUUCCUGGUGUUCCAUUUGGCAUUGUAUUGAUUGCAUUAAACCCCAGAACAUUGUAGAGUCUCUUAAAUGAGAUUCCUAAUCACUCUCAAGACUUUGGCCUAAUUAUUCACACAGGAAAAACCAAGUAGAUGAAUGAUGCCUAUUGCUAAGAUUAUGUCAUUCAGUUAAGACAACCUAUAGAAUAUAUCCUUUCUACCUUGCUCUCGCUGUUUUUUUCUUGCAAGUUUGCAUGCGUGUGCGUGUGUGUGUAUGUGUGUGUGUGCGCGCGCAUAUGCGUGUGUGUUAUAGAUAACUGCAAAUAGACAGUGAGCUGGGCUCAGAAUUGAAUAGGAGGAAGAAAAGGAACUGGAUUGUCUUUUAAGAAAUUGCAGAAUAUUUCAGUGACCCCCAAGCUUUUUCUGAAACAAAAGGCCAAUCAAUCAGUCAAUAAACAUUUAUUAAACAUCUACUCUGUGCAAUCAAUAAGCAUUUAUUAAGCAUCUACUGUGGGGAUACCAAAAAAAAAAAAAGGCAAAAAGACAGUCCCUGUUUUCAAGAAGCUCAUAAUCAAUAGGGGAGAGAGUAAGUAAACACUUACAUACAAACAAGCUAUUUACAAGAUAAACAGAAAAUAACUUACAGAGGGAAGUCAGUAGAAUUAAGAAGUAUUAGUAAAGACUUCUUGUUUUUAGAGAUUUUAGCUGGGACUUGAAGGAAACCAGAGAAGCACAAGUUGGAAGGAUAUUAUCUGAGGAAUGUUUUAUUAAAAAUGAAAUUAUGACAUUAACAUGUCUAGGAUAAGAAAUACCUGAAAAAAAAAAAAAAACCAUAGCCAUAGCCCACGCAAGAAGGGUACCCCACAAUUUUAGGUAGCUCCCUCUCCAUUGGCAAACUUAGGGGAACAUAUAAACAGUAGUUUAGUAGGAUACACAAGCAAGGAUGGAUUAUGAUCUUUAUUGUUAGCAGGAAUACUUGCAUCAAUAAAUUCAUUGAAGUAUUAAGAUUAUCAGAUCUAAUAAGACUUUUUUUCCCCUUAGCAUUUUCUCUUAACCUAGCUACUUUGAUUUUUAUUGUUUUUUUAAAAAAAUUAUUAUUGUCAUUAUUAUCAUUUUACAUAGUCAGAGUUGUCUAUUUAAUCUGUCAUUUUUAUCCCUUUUUAAAGAGAAAUGUUUUAAAGAAUUCCCACCGUAGUCUUGGUUGUUAAUAGCAUCGUCUUCCAUUUUCUUCUACAUUUUUUUAACAUGACUGUUUAUAUCCAUUGUCUAUUUGGAGCUUACUGUCAUAUAUCAUAAGUAUUAGUUUAAAUUUAUUUUCUUCCAUAUCAUUUUCCAUCUUUCCUAGCAGUUCUUGUCAUAUAAGUAAUUUAGUAAUUUAUAUGUUUGGACUUUAUUGAAUACUGGGGUACUAUGUUCAUUUAUUUUUGAGUUGUGCUUAUGUAGUCUGCUGAUCUAUUUUUUAACCAGUAUCAAAUAAUUUUGAUGAUUAUCUUUAUAAUAAUCAUUUCACAUCUGAUAGGGUUAGGUCAUAUUCAUUCCUACAUGGUUUUAUUUAAUUAGCUUUCCUCAAGAUUCUAUACCUUUUUUCUUUCAAAUCAAUUGUUAUUCUACUAAUUUUAUAAAAUAAAUACUUGUAAGUUAGAUUGGCAUAACACUGAAUCUAUAAAUUAGUUGCUAUUGUCAUAUUUAUUAUGCUGGCAUAUCCAUCCCAUCCAUAAAUAAUUAUUAUCUUUCCAGUAUUUGAAGUCUCAGCUUUAUUUUUGUAAAUAAUGUUUUAUAGUUAAGUAAGUCAUGAAUGAAUCUUGGUAGAUUAAUUUCCAGAUAUUUUUAUAUUUUAAAGUUGUUUUGAAUGUAAUUUGUCUUGCUAUAAGUUUCUUUUUAAUUAACUAACUAUAUAGAUGCUAAUGAAUUAGCUUCUCAUCCUGCUGUCUCUCCCGCCACCCGCAAAAGAGCAUGUAUGUAAGAAAUUCAAAUUGUUAUAAUAAAAAAUGAAUGAGGCAAAUUCACAAUGAAGAGGAAAGGAGAAUUUUCAGAAACUACCAUGGCAUAGUUUUUCCCCUAAUCAAACGAGUUUUUAGUAUGCAUUUAUAUUUUAUUGAGUUCUGGGAAUACAAAAACAAAAUGAGAAGUAAGCUCUGCCUUCCAUUUUUAAAUCCUUUUGAUGGAUAAGACAACCAUAUGCACAUUUGGUUAUUUGAGAAGGCAAUUAGGAAAGAAACCUGUUGGAGAUAGGGUUUUUGAUAUGGAGAUGAGGAAAGUCUUGGAAGCAAGAGAUAAUGCGCUGGUCAGAGAACACCAAGUAAGCCAGUCUGUCUGGAAACUGGAAUGUGUUUGUUAAAAAGGUAAGAUGCAGUUGUUUUGUGAAAUUCUUUUAAGUGCUACACUCAAUUUCCCCUACUCCUUUCCCACUAAGUGUAGAUUAGGUUCCCUCCUGAAAGGAGGAGGUAAAGGGAUUUAAGGGAUGUCUCUCCACACUCUUAGUUGUUGGGCAUAAUGAUGGGUUCCUAAAGAAAACAGAAGUGGGGCUUUAAUAAGGGAAAACAGGGCUGCCAUGGAGAAAGAGACUUCACUUUUGUUAGGAGUUUGAAGAUGAGAAGUAUCACAAAGAAAAGGAGGGGAAAUCCCAGCUAAAAUCUCUUAAACAACAACAACAACAAAAAAAAAAAAAAUGAGGUUUUUCCUGAAGAGAAAGGUAAAUGAUGUGAGAAGGAAGCAGCACUUUGCCCUCCAAAUAACGAUAUCAUUGUGCCAUAGUCAUUAAGAAUCACAGGAAGAAGCAAAGAGAAGCAGCAGUUGGCAAUUUCUUACUGAUGAGUACUAAAGCAUCUAUUUGUUAACCUAAUAACAGCAGAGAACCUGUUGUUUUCUUGGUAUGUAUUGAAGACAAAUCUUUGAACACUUAUCGAAAUUGCUAUUUCACACUUCUGGUGAUAAUCACAAUUGUGGUUGUUAGAAGCAACCUAAAAAAUUGCUUCAGAUAAAUGACCUUUUUAGCAAAGAAACCAAAGACCUUUAAAGCACAGGUUGUGUUUGCCUUAUUCUUGCCAAGGAAGGGAAACAAAAGAGAAAAACUAAUUUAGGAAGAAUCAAAUGGUGACUAAGGAGGUAGUGUUUGAAAAGAGGUUUUGAGCUUCUGGGCAGUGACUUAAAACAUAGGGAUGACACAUUCCUCACUAGGGUUUUGUUAUACUAAAUCAAGAUUAAAAAGAUUGUAUUAACUGAGUUCCCAACAAAUCUAAUCAAAAGGGCUUUAAGCAAUAAAAAUAAUGUGGAAGAGGAAAAUGUCUGUGUAGAGCUUGCAAUCUAGACAUCAUAGGAAGUAGCUAAAAUGAAUAAAAAUAGUAUUUUAGACAAGAAUAGCAAGAGGAAAAUAUUCAAGAAAGGAGCCAAUACUAACUACUCAUGACCUCAAAUGUCUAAAUACACUUUAAAUUUUAAAAAGUACAUAAAUGUCCUAAUGUACAAGUACACAAAUUUUGACAUAAGUGUCAUUGAGAUUUGAUGAGAUGAUAUCCAUGAUUUGGAAUAUGAUAAUGAAAAGAUGCCUUAUUCAAAGAAACAAGAUAAAUUAAAGUGUUUAGCUUUGUGUUUAGUGUGAUAAUAUGAAGUAAUCCAGGAAGCAAAGAGGGAGAAGCAUUUGAGAAAAGAAACAAGCAAUUUUAUCAUUAAAUAUCUUACAGGAACACCUCAACAGAAAGCGGGAGAUAAAUCUCAAGCCUAGCAUAUAGGAAUGAAUGAACACAGUUAAGGAAUUCAAAUAUUCAGAAAUCUUCUGGAACUCUUUGCCAAAAGCAGAACACUUAGUAAUUUCUUGAUUUUCCUUAAUGAUAAUUCAUCUUUCAAAGCCAACAAGCUUAAUAAAGCUAACAAAAAUGAUUCUGCCUGUGAGACUUUGGGUGUUGGAAACAAGAAUGAUAAGAAAGAGUAGAAUCACAUUUUGAUCCUUAGAAUCAGGAUAGGUUUUGGGGACUAAAAUUAUGUAGGGAAAAAUCAGCUUACAAGAAAUGGAACUUUUAAGAGUGAAAUUUUGGUUACAAAGGGGAAAAUACCAGUGAGUAAUUCCAACAGUUAUCUGAAGUUUUUGAACUGUAUAUACAUGGAACCCACCAAUCAAUUUAAAUUUUUUUUUAAAGACAAGCAUAGAAUUCAAAAGUACGGACAGGUAAACAGAGUAGGAAUAUGAUUGUAGCAUUUUCCAUUGUCCUGAAAAAUAGGUUCAAGAGUUUGAAGGAAAUUCAAACAAAGGUUUUUCAAAGGUACAUUUCGAUUGGGAAAGAGUAGAAUCCAAAAAAAAAAAAAAAAAAAGAUACAGUACUGCUGCUUAGAGUAGAUGGAACAAAGAUUACUGACAGCAGGGAGAAAAGGGAUAGCUAUUCACUAUUUCUUAACCCAAAACAAAAAUUUUCUUUUUAGAAUUUGAUUUCAUAGAAAAUAAUAAGGAUUUAGUUCCCUGUGAUGUUUUCAAGUCAUUUGGGACUCCCAGUCACAAGGAAAAACUGCAUCCUUGAUUGCUGAAAGAAGUGACAAAAGUGCUAAGCCACUGUCAGUGUUAUAUUUAUUUUAAUGAUUAAUUUUUUCUGAUAGCUUUUCUUACAUCACCCUCUGUUUUAUGAAUGGAUCCUUUCUCUUCCCUUAAUCAGUGAACCAUUCCUUGCAACAAAGAUUACAUAAGGAAAGGAGAAAAAAAAGUAUUGGCAAAACUAACCAACAUUACAUCUCCUUCACCUCUCCCCCUUCCCCCCCCCCAAAAAAAAAGGCGGGAGAGAUAUACAUUUCCAUUCUUUGGGAUCAUUUGGUCAUUAUAAUUACAGUGUUUGGUUCCCCUAGUCUUUCCAUUUACAUUGUUAUAGUCAUUGUAUAUAUAUGAUGCUUGCUGCUCUUUACAUCAGCUCCUCUGUCUUCAUUGAUUCUCUUAAUACUUCAUUUCCUUUAUAUAUAUGUAAAUAUAUAUAAAAAACUGUUUUUUUCAUUAUAUAUCACAAUUGGUUUUGUCCAUCCUUGAACUAAUAAUUAUGGACUUUUCUUCCCAUUCUUUACAAAAGAGGACUAGUAUGAAGUAUAGUAGAGGAAAACUGCUUUCUACCUUUGACCUCCUUGGGUAUGGACCUCUUCAUCAUAUUAGGAACAUUUUAGUCAUUUGACAUAAUUGCCAAUUGCUCUCGAAUGACUAGACAUAUUCACAACUCUACAAUGUAUUGUAUUUCUCUUUCUUUCUUUCUUUGAACAUUGAUUAUUCCCAUCUUUGCAGUUUUUGUUCACAGUUGUAUAUGAGACAAAUCUCAGGUUAGUUCUAAUUUGCAUUUCUCUUAUUAUUAGUGAUUUGGAGGAGUCUUUCAUGGUUACUUAAGAGUUAGCAAUUCUUUUGAAAGGGAUUUGCCAAUAUCCUUUGACAAUUUAUCUGUUGGGGAAUGGCUUUUGAACUUUUAUAUUUGUGCUAAUUUCUUGAAUAGAGAUAUUUGAUGUAGACCUCUUACUAUCCUUCCCCUUUAUCCUACUCAUAUUGAUUUUGUUGAAUGCAAAGAUUUUUACUUUCAUGUAUUUGAAAUAACCCUCAUUUGGUUAAGAGUUUUUCCUCAGCCAUCUUUACUGGUUAAACUUUUUUUUUUAAUUAUGUGGAUUUAUUGUUUAGGUCAGAAACAUUUUGGGCUUUUAUGAUAUAUGAGAUAAGAUAUUGGACUAAAUCUGAUUUAUACUAAACUCAUUUCCAAAUUUCCCAGCAAAUGUCAAAGAGAGAAAGCACUUCCUCAUAUAAUUCAGUAUUUCAGGAUUAUUGAACACUGAGUUAUUUAGUUUUAAGUAUUUCUGUUUCUUAAUUAUCUAAUCUGUUCUGCUGAUUUACAUUUCUAUUUUGUUUUAACCAGUACCAAACAGUUUUGGUGAUUAUUGUUUUGUAGUAUAAUUUCAGAUGUACAAAUACUAAAUUUUUAAAUAUUAUUUCCCUUGAGAUUCUAGAUCUCUCUUCUCCAAAUGAAUUUGUUAGUCCAUUAUCUAGGUCUCUUUUGUAUUCCCUCUGUAACUUGAUUGUUAAUACACUAAAAUAUGCAAAUUAAUGUUGGAAGCAUUAUAACAUUUAUUGUAACAGCACAAUCAUGAGAAAGUGAAUAUAUCCCUUCAGUUAUUUAACUCAUUCUUUAUUUUUUAAAGAAUUUUGUGUAAAUUAUAUUUAUAUCUUGAAUACAUCUUGAUUGAUUGACUGCCAGAUAAAUUAUUUGCUUUGUAGUUUUUUAAAAUGGGAUUUCUUUCCCUCAUUUUCUCCCACAUUUUGUUAUUGAUAUAUAAAAACGCUGUUAAUUCUUGUGGACAUAUUUUGUACCCUUAUUACUUCAUUGAAGUUACUAAUUGCUUUAAUCAGUCAAUCAGUAAACAUUUGCUUAAGUGCUUACUAUAUGCCAGGUACUGGGCUAAGUACUGGCAUACAAAAAGACAGUCAAGAGACAGCAAAAAGACAUCCCUGUCUUCAAGGAUAUCACAAUCUAAUCACAAUCUUACCAGACCACAUGCACAAAAUAUAUACACGCAAGCUUUAUACAGCAUAGAAACAGAAGUAAAGAGGAGUUAGGAAAAGCUUCCUAUAAGAGAUAGAAUUUUAGUUGAAAACUUAAGGAAGUGUGCAAAAUUAAGGAGAGAAAAUGUUCUAGGAAUGGGGAACAUCCAAGGAAAAUGCUUGGAGCCAAGAGAUAGUGUUUUGUUCAUGAAAUAGCCAGUAAGCCAUGUCACUUGAUUGCAGAGUAAGUGGUAAGAAGUAAGGUAUAAGAAGACUGGAAAUGUAGGAAGGCACUUCAAAGGGGCUUGAUUGUCAAGCAGGAUUUGGAGGAAACACUAGAAUUUGAGAAAAGAGGCGCUGACAUGAGCUAACAUGGAUUUUAAGAAAGUCUGUUUUGGUGGUUCAGUAGUGGAUAGAGAUUUCAGUCAGGCAGACCCAUCAGUAUUCUAAAACAGUAAGUACAGGCCUUCAGAUGGUGAGAAUCUAUAAUAAAGGAAUGGCAGUAUCAAAAGAGAUUAUUUGUGAGACGUUAUGGAGGUGAAAUCAACAAAUCUUUGCAACAGUUUGGAUAUGGAAGGUGAAAGAUAGUAAAUUUUCAUGGAUGAUUCUUAGAUUAUGAACCUUCUGAAGUACUUGAUCUCAUCGACAGCACAAAUGGGGAAGCUAAGAGGAAAACGUAUUUGGGAGGAAAGAUAAUUUUGGAUAUGUUGAGUUUUAAAUAUCUACUGAACAUUAUUUGAGAAGUAUCAAAGACAGUUUAGGGCAGCAUAGGUAGAUUUGUGAAUCACUAGUAUGUAAUCCAGAUCGUAAUGAAUUUAUGUGAGUUUGAGAUUGCUAACUAAGCAUACAGAGGGGGGAAAAACACUUAUGGACAGAAAGUAUAAGUUGGAUGAAAAUCCAGCAAAAGAAAAAGAAGGAACAGUUAGGUAGGAGAGAGGAUCAGGAUACAAACAGCAUAAUAUCUUAAAAACCCUACGGUCAAGGAAAGGAUGAUGCAUGUCAAAAACAUAUCAAAGGGUGAAGUUAAAGGAAAAUGAUGAUUGAGAAAAGGCCAAUGGAUUUGAUCUCUAAAAGAUCAUUGGUAGCUUUGGAAAGAAGUUUCAUUGAAAUGAUAGGGUUAAAACCCAAAUUGUAAGAAUUGUAAGCAGUAUAAUAAGAAGAAAAAAAGGAAAGAAAACAUAGAGGCACCUACUCUUUUAGACAAAAAAUGAUUGCAAUGAUGAAGAAAGUGAGGAGUUUUGUUCUUUCUAGGACGAUUGUGAUAGGGUUGUAUUUGUAGGCAGUAAAGAAUGAGACGAUAAGGAGAGAUUGAAAAUAAAUGAUAGGAGUGGGAUCCCAGAGGAGACAGAGUGGAAUGAUAUUCUGCUUGAACAGAUGGAGGGAUUCUUUUUAUGGAACAGUGAAAUAGCACAGAGGCAAAAGGUAUCUGAGUGAUAUGAAAUGAGGGAUAGAGGAGAGAG